UGAAAAAACAUUUGAAAAAAUUUCCAAGGCCAUGAUGGAGAAAGGCCACACCAGGGACUCAGUGCAGUGCUGAGUGAAAGUUAAGGAGCUCAGACAAGCCUACCAGAAAACCAAAGAAGCAAACGGAAGGUCUGGGGUAGGGCCGAAAACAUGCCGCUUCUACGCUGAGCUGCAUGCAAUUCUAGGGGGGUCCGCCACCACUACCCCACCUCUGUCCAUGGAUUCCGAGGUGGGGAUGGUAAUCUCAGCCAUGGCUGAGGAUUCUGUGGACGGGGAAGAUGAGGAGGAGGAAGAGGAGGACGAGCUUGCAGAGAGCACACAGCACUCCGUUCUCCCCAACAGCCAGGAGCUUUUUCUCACCCAGACGGAAUUACCCUCCCAGCCCUCCCAAGCCACUAGCCCAGACAAUGAAGCCAUGGAAGCGACCUCUGCUGCACAUUUUUCAAGCCUCCCUACUCCAUCCCGAAGGCUAUCUCAGAUAAGGUGGAGGAAAAAAAAGACGCGAGACGAAAUGUUCUUGGAAAUCAUGGAAGUAACUCGCAAUGAAAGAGCUCAUCUGAAUGAGUGGAAGGACAUGGUAUCAAAUUACAGGAAAGAUGCCAGUGAACGUGAGGACAGGAGGGACGCUCGAGAUGAGAGGUGGCGGCAGGAAGAUCAGAGGUGUAGGCAGGAAGAUCAGCGGUGGCAGGAUGCAACGCUGGGGCUGCUGCGUGAUCAAACUGACAUCCUACGACGUCUAGUGGAGCUUCAGGAACAGCAGCAGGGUCACAGAGUGCCGCUGCAGCCCCUGUGUAAACACCCUCACCACUCACCAUGUUCCACAUCUUCCUCACCCAGACGUGUAAGAACGCGUGGGGGAAGUCUUUGUGCACCCGCCCACUCCACCCCCAUGGACAGCCCAACCAAAAGGCUGUCAUUACUUUGAAAUAUUUUUAGUGGCCUUUUUCUUCCUUCC